GGAAAAUGACAGCCCCAGGCUUGCGGCCGAUCACCCGCAAGCUACUGGAGCUUACCGGGGCGUUGCGGCGCGUGAACCGAGCUUGCAGCACGUUCCAAACCUUCGCGGAAGUUCUCAGGCUGCCCAAGAGACAAAUGACGAAGCUCGCGUUCCCACUACAGGAACUCCAGCGGCACCUCACUCCAGACGCGAGGUUGGACCUUCACGUGAAGAUCUUCGACCCGAGCUUGGAGGACAUCUCCAAGGCAGAGAGCGUCUUCACGGCCACCGGCCGCAACCGCAUCGAGUACCUCAGCUCCGCGGUGCGUCUCGACCACGCUCCGGACCUCGCCCACCCUGAGGUGUGUUUUAUAGGCAGAAGCAAUGUUGGAAAAUCCUCUCUAAUAAAAGCCUUAUUUGCCCUGGCUCCAGAGGUUGAAGUCAGAGUCUCCAAGAAACCGGGGCACACAAAGAAAAUGAAUUUUUUCAAAGUUGGAAAAUAUUUUACAUUGGUGGACAUGCCAGGUUAUGGUUAUAGAGCUCCCGAAGAUUUUGUUGACAUGGUAGAGACCUAUCUAAAAGAACGAAGGAAUUUGAUGAGAACAUUUCUGUUAGUGGAUAGUGUUGUCGGAAUUCAAAAAACCGACAGUAUUGCCAUAGGAAUGUGUGAAGAAUUUUCAUUACCUUAUGUGAUGGUAUUAACAAAAAUUGACAAAUCUUCCAAAGGACAUCUUUUAAAACAAGUACUUCAGAUCCAGAAAUUUGUUGACAGUGAAACACAAGGAUGUUUUCCUCAGUUGUUUCCUGUAAGUUCUGUGACCUAUUCUGGAAUCCAUCUGUUGAGAUGCUUUAUAGCAGAUAUAACAGGGAAUCUUAAGACUGAUGGCUUUGGCCAACUGGAGUUGAAUACCUAGAAUUUCAACAUUGUUUUAAAUGUUGUGUAUCUGUAAUUUGCAGAAGGAACAUUUCAGCUUUAAAACCUGCAUCAAGCACGAAUGAAUUUGUGCUGGGGAAAAAGAUCUUGUAAAUAAUUAAAUUGUGCAGUUCAUUAGAACAGAUACCCUUCUUAUUUUAACAGCGUUUCUGUUUUAACAAACUGACAAACGAGCAUAUGGAAGUCCAUAAUAUGAAAACCUAUUUACUACUAUGUAGAGAAUGGUUUUUAUUGGGCUUUUGUCUUUUAAAGAAAAUGUCUGUUAUGUAUAUUUAAGUAUUAAAAUGGACUAGGUAAAAAGGGGCUACUUUUCUGUUGAGCACUUUCAGGUAGAUGGAAGAUAAAUGCUUCUCUUUAUGCCUAUAA